AUGGCUAAUCGUGGUUCACCCUCCAUCAGUGACUUACAGAACCAGAUUCGGGCCCUUAGCGCCGACGUAAGUCAGACUGAGGCUAUCGCGCUGAAGGUGCAGCGGGCCAUGGAGAUCAUUCGUGCGGCCCUUGGUAUCAACACCGGAGGGGCAUCGCCCUCCACGCCGCCCUUCGCCUAA